ACUUUUUUUUCGUUUUUUUCAGUUGAUUUUCUUGUAUAUUGUACUGUGUUGUGUUCACGGAAGUUUAGCCAUCAUUGGGAGCAAACUGUUUUGGAAACGAAAUAUUGGCAAGCAUAGCUCAAGAUGAUACGUCCUCCUUCAGUAAUUACCAUCAUUGGUAUUUUCAUGUUGGGAAACACCACGUCGUACCACACCAUAGAAAGUAUCAAAACCGACAACCCUAUCACCAACGAAGCAAUGUAUGCAGAAUAUCCAAACCUGCGCGAACUGGACAUGAGCAACCAGACAGAGUUUGAAUUUCCCAAAAAUCAAGUGUUGCUUUCACACGACGAAUUGUCCUCAUAUAUAUGCAAUAGUUGCGGAGUACACUCCAUCUAUAAGUCAUCGCUGUCAAAAUUGCCCCAUCUAACGUCGCUAGAGUUGAGAAAAAACUCUCUCGAAUACAUCCACCCCGAUUCAUUUGCCCACAACUCCCGGUUGGACAAAAUCGUGUUGGCUGACAACGAACUGAUCACCUUUAACGAAGAAAGCAACCUACGACACAUAGACUCUCUUUCAAUAUUAGACUUAAGUCUAAACGUCAAACUGGAUCUUAAUCAAGUAAAGCUGAGAAGCGAAAGAUUAAUGAUUUUCAGUUGCAACAAUUGCCAUACCUCAUAUUUGGAUCAAAACACGUUUGCCGGCAUGCCUAGGAUUACGCAAGUCUCACUGAUGGAUAACUUGAUCGAGCGAAUCGAUUAUGCCGCCAUAGAUUCCCUUAGCUAUAUAAAGUCCCUCAUCCUCGAUGGUAACCGUCAGUUAAAGUUUUUACACAUCACAUCCGGAUCGCUGAAACGACUGAGCGCUCAAAACUGUUCAAUAGAAGGAGUUAUAUACACUGAAAAUCUUCCAGCUCUGGAGUCCCUGAAUGUUCGAGGAAAUCGAAUUACUCAUCUGGAAGAGCUACAACUACUGGAAAGCCAGAAUAUCGAAAUAUUGCUGUUGGAUGAUAAUGAAAUCAGAAAGAUUCCUGUCGUUCUCAUAAAAUUGCCAAGAUUGCAACAGCUGUGCAUUGACCAAAACUUGUUGCAACCAUAUGAACAUACGAAAGAGGUGGCUUUGGUGUAUAAAAUAAGACAUCUGCGCAAGGAUUGCUACUCCGACAAGGAUUUCUUCCACCAAUUUGAGUAUAGCCUACCGAGUGAACACGGACGUGCAGUUUAUAGGAAGAAACCAGAUCAACCUGUUACCAACAAUGAAACUAUAGACUUAUCCAACAAGGACAUCGUUUAUAUAGAACAGGAUUACCUCAUCGAUUUUCGUACUGCGAAGGAAUUGUUAUUCGACAAUAAUCAUAGGUUUAAUUUAAGAGAAUUGCAGAUUUUUCUAAGCAGUACAUCAUUGGAAAUUAUGUCCAUGCAAAACUGCUCUAUAACUGCUCUAUACGACACCUCAUUUGCCAAAUUACCUAGCUUGAAAAUCAUAUAUCUUCAAGGAAACAAUAUUAAGGCUCUGCAUCAUUCAAUUUUUAUGAAAAAUCCAGCAGUAACCUUAAUUGACUUAGCAAACAAUGAGCUGGAGUUUAUAUCCUUCACAGCAUUUAAAGACCAUGUUAACUUGGAGACCCUCAAACUAGAUGGGAACAGAAACUUGACUGGCUCCAAUAAUAGUUUUCUUCAAAGCCCAUCUUUGCGUAACUUGAGCUGUGCAUCAUGUGCAUUUACCCGAUUAAACAAUACGACGUUUGCUUUGUUGCCUAAUUUAAGGGAAUUGAACCUUCAACACAACGCCAUAGAAUUCGUUGAAGCCGGCGGGCUGCGUCACAUGCCACGACUGAAAUAUCUCAAUUUGAGAAACAAUCCUCUGAAGUCGUUUAGCCCCUUUCUGGAUCAACUGAGUCAUCUGCACACACUUUGUCUGGACUGCCAUACACUCGAUGGUACCACGCUGGACCGUUUAGAAGCCCGUAUCAAUCGAGUGACGGAAUUGGAAAAAGGUUGUAAAGACGACAAGUUAUCCGAAAAUUUAAGGAGAAGAAGCAACAGCAGAGCGUCUAGAACAUCGGUACAGAAAAAAGCUAUACAAGAAUCCUCCAUUGUUUACAUGGCGUAUGAAAUAAGCCAACCAUCGGCGGAUUUUGUUAAGACGUCUAAUCUUCCGCUGCUAAUAGCCCUGAUCACGAAGAUUCAUCAAGCACUGGGACUCGUGCUCAGACCCUCAUCGGAUCUACCGGCCUACCCGCUCUACAGCAUCGUUGGUGAAAUACCAACUGAUUUGUGGUAA